AAGGCAGAACACGUGAAGUCGGAGCAGUCCAGCUCCUGCUCUCUGCCGGUGGGUCAGCAGGAGCUGUGUCAGGCUGCUUCUCCCGCUUCCCGCAGCUCCCAGAGGGAAAGGCACGCUGGCUGGGGGGCCCUCCCAGGGCAGAGCCCAGGCCACAGGGGAGUGACAUUCGUCACUGGGCAGUCGGCUGAAGUUCUCAUGAAGUUGAUGAACAGCUGCAAUGCCUCAAAAACACUAAAUGCCAGUAAUAUGGAGACAUUAAUUGAAUGUCAGUCAGAGGGUGACAUCAAGGAACACCCUCUGUUGGCAUCAUGCGAGAGUGAGGACAGCAUCUGCCGGCUACUUGAAGUUAAGAAGAGGAAGAAGGUGAUCUCCUGGCCCUUUCUCAUGAGAAGGCUUUCUCCUUCAUCAGAUUUCUCUGGGGCUUCAGAGCCGGAGUUGAAAACGUCCCUUUUUGAUCAGCCCUUGUCCAUCAUCUGUGGUGACGACGACACACUCCCCAGACCCAUUCAGGAUAUUCUCGCUAUUCUGUGCCUCAAAGGCCCUUCCACCGAAGGGAUAUUCAGGAAAGCAGCCAAUGAGAAAGCCCGCAAAGAGCUCAAGGAGGAGCUGAACUCCGGGGGCGUGGUGGAGCUGCACAGCCUCCCUGUGCACCUCCUGGCAGCCGUCUUUAAGGACUUCCUCAGGGGCAUCCCACGGAAGCUGCUGUCCUGGGACCUGUUUGAGGAGUGGAUGGGCGCCCUGGAGAUGCCGGACGAGGAGCACAGGAUUGAGGCCCUGAAACGGGUGGCCGACAAGCUGCCGCGGCCCAACCUCCUGUUGCUCAGGCACCUGGUCUCCGUGCUGCACCUGAUCAGCAAGAACUCCGAGGUCAGCAAGAUGGACGCCAGCAACCUCGCCAUCUGCGUGGGGCCCAACAUGCUGACCCGGGAGAACGACCAAACCCUGUCCUUCGAGGCCCAGAGAGACUUGAACAACAAGGUUAAGGCUUUGGUGGAAUUCCUCAUCGACAACUGCUUUGAAAUCUUCGGGGAGAUCGUUCCGGCACAUUCCAGCGUGGCUUCCCAGGAAUCCCUGGAGCAGGUCGACAGCAGUUCAGACACGUCGACCCUGCAGAACGACUCGGCCUACGACAGCAACGACCCCGACGCGGACCCCAGCAGUGCCAUCGGCUCUCCUGGCAGGCCGCCCGCAGUGCCCUCGGAGCCCAGAGGCCCGCAGCGCACCUGGCAGCUGCGCCGGGAGCCCGCCGUCAGCACUGUUUCCAGACUGAAGAGCAGCCUCAGUGAGCUGGACAGGAGGUACUCAGAGCCCAGCAUGGCGUCCCUGCAGGGCCACCUCGGGGGCCCCGGAACUGACCCAAAACUGACCCGGAGCGAGGAUGACUUCAGGCGGGCCCGGCCAGCCUCUCGUCCAGACAGCGAGGACGCUGAGGACCCGUUCCCAGAGGAGGUGUUCCCUGCAGUGGAAGGCAAAAACCAGAGGCCACAGGACCUGAGGAUGAAUAACUCAGCUCAGGGUUUGGGGUCGCCGCAGGGACCAGCGCCCAAGGUCCCCUCCAGUGGCUCUCUGGACACACCUCUGGACAGCUCGCCUGUGGCUUCCCCUUCCAGUCCUAAAAGAAACUUCUUUACCCGACAUCAGUCUUUUACAAAGGCCGAUAAAAGCAAGCCCAGCAGAGAAAUCAAAAAGCACUCCAUGUCGUUCUCCUUUGCCUCUCACAAGAAAGGGCUGAGCCGGACCCCCAGCUCAGCCUCUAUCAAGUCCAAGUCCAGGGACCCGGCAGGGAAAGACUUCAAAAAAGAAAGCCAGCUCGCUGGGCGAAUCAUCCAGGAGAGCUUGUCCGAGGCCCACUGCCAGGCAGCUGUGGACUUUAGCUCGAGGACCUUUGCCCUGUCCGUGGAGGACGUGUUCCACCUGGUGGACCGGAGGCACCCGGGAAGCCCACCGUCCUACGAGGAGGCCGUGCGGGGCCAGGCCCUGGGCCUCACCGCCUUCGGGAGCCAGACAGUCGGCAGCAUGAGGGCCAGGAUGCUCAGCCUGGAUGCCGGGCUGCCUCCUCACCAACCUUUUCCCCACGGAGGGGACUCGGGAAAUCUGUGUGGCCAAGAGCCUCUUGCUAGGCACAUACUGUCCGCCAGGACUGGGAGCUGGAAACAGAGCAGAGCUGUCUGCGCUUCUGGAGAAAUGACAGGACAAGCGACCAGCACUGCGAGGCCCGAGCCUCCCCAGCUCACCCCUGUGUCCCUGUGCAGGCAGAAGAGUCAGUGGGAGUACCUGGCACAGCGCUGCAGUCAGCCGGCCUUUGAGGCCGACCCGCUGCCAUAUGCCAGGGAAUCCUACAUUUAGGAAGGCAGGCCGACUCCAUGGCCCGGUCGUGGCUGCACACAGAACUGCGCCCAGACUGUUUUCAAAAAGUCGAGAAUAAGCUCCCUUUGAGAGGUUGUGCAGAGCCCUCCUCAGAGACAGCAGCUGCCCAGAGGCCCUUGAGUCGGGUCUGUGUGUGCCUGGGUUUGUGCAACAGAUUGUGCGUGUACAAAGUGUGUUCCGCCCAAGGCGCCGAGUGCAAAGGUAUCUAUGUAAAUACGUGUACAUAUUUGUUUGUGAACUUGGCGUAAACUGCAUUGCUCUCCUCUGCCUCCUGGGGCACUUUUCUACCAGUUAGUGUUUAAAAAUAUUGUUUUCUUUUCUCAGUGUUGUCUCCAAUGGCAGGCCGAUUUUCAUGUUUUCCACAAGCUCCGUUUAAGGGGAAAAGGUAUUAAGUCUCUGUUAGAAGUUGACUAAGCAACAGUCUGAUAACAAAGCAACCACAGGAAGAAGAGAGAAACAGAUGGCAAGCAUUUGCUUACAGAGUUCAGGGUCCAGAACGGUCACAAACAUUACGAACGCCGGUCAAACAGGAGGCCAGCCUGAGUGAAAUGCUUGGGUAGGUCCUUCAAUCACCUGAUCGGUCCUUGGGGUGGACUAGAGAAAAUGCAUUACAUCGGUACCAACUGAUCUGUAGCACUUUGAGUUUCCUUAUAGGUCAGGGAUGUUUCUGCCGGUGGUGUGGAGGAAAUCACUUUAUAUGCAUUGGGUGUUGUACAUAAAACUUCAAUGUAAUCUCACUACAAUAAAUCGUCCGCCUUUCUCAAAGUAAAAAUGUUCAAAACGUUGCUUCCUUUCCCUUGGUUCAUGGAGACCCACCAGGAAAAUCAUUCACACAUCUAUUCUUUCCACAAGCAUGUACAGAGUGUGUGUGUGUGUGUGUGUGUGUGUGUGUGUGUGUUGUUUUAGACUAGCAGGCAGAGCUGGGUAUCUCAUGUUUAGGAAAAAAGACAAUCUCUGUGGUUUCAAUGUUUGCAAAACCAUAAAUAUGUAUCUGCAUUUAGCCAUUUUUCCAGCAAAUGAUCACUCAGAGGCCAGAAAAUUUAGUAUGUAAAACAGAGGAAUGGGAAUAUAUAACAUAUUACAGCAAAUAUAAUGUUUCCUGGUUUUUGUGAAUUAAACCUUUUGGUCCUUUUAAAAACCUUAUUUCUAUAAUGCUCCAUUUGUUCAAUUAUUAGCAGGGAUAAUGUUAGACUGUUUCUCAUCUAUCAGAACUUCAAUGCCCAUGGUCAAGGUAUUUAUCCAGCUCUUGAAAACACUUGGAGAUUCUCCAUAUUUUAUCAACUUCUCUCAUAAAAUGCUGUGUUUUUGAUUUGCAAAAGAAAUAUUUUUGUGCUGGCUAGCUACUAGGUGGUGAAGACCUACUCUUUCAGAGGUGAUACUAACAGUGUAUUACUAAGUUAAAAACGUUGUAACUCAGAUAGCUCCAGGCAGCACAUUCAGACCCAAUAAAAUCUCUAAAAGUA